AUGCUAAAAAAGCCGGUUCUGGAGACCAUGCAUCUGCACAGGACACAAAAGAGAGUGGGGCAGGACGAGGGGGGAAGGAGGGGAAGGAGAGGAAGAGAGGCGUUGGAGGAGGAAGAGGAGUUGACCGACAUAACUGUAGGUGAGGUGUUGGUGCGCUGCGGCCUGGUGACAUUUUCCGAGCUGACGAGCAGAGUCACUGCACAGGUGCUGGCCACAGGUCUGUCCGGUCUGUACUCGUCUCUCCCGGCCCGGCUGCAGGUUUACAGCGAGGACUGGCACUGUCUGGACCGGGCCGACUGGCAGCAGGUUCCAGCUCUGGUCCACUUCCUGCACUCUCUGGACUUCUGCAGCGCCGUCACAAAGGUCGCUCACCCGUCCAUCCGCUCUCAGCUGCUGGGUUACAUCUACAACGGCUUCCUGGUGCCCGUGCUGGCUCCCGCUCUGCACAAGCUGACAGUAGAGGAGGUGAUGACCACCACGGCGUACCUGGACUUGUUCCUGCGCUCCAUCUCUGAGCCGGCCCUCCUGCAGAGCUUCCUGUCCUUCAUCCUGCUGCACACGCACGACAACGUGCACAUCCUGGACACACUGGUGAGCCGGGUCAACACACCUUUCCAGCUCGGCACGGUGUCGCUGGCUCUGUUCAGGACUCUGAUUGGUCUCUUCUGUGAGGACGUGAUGCUGCAGCUCGUCUUCAGGUCGGUCUCACACGGCUCCUUCAAAGUAAAACAAACAUUAUGA